AUGCAAGCAUUGCGUGCAGCUAUGGCAGAGCAGAGCAUCGAUGAGCUAGUGUUGUGGCAGCAUGCCGAGUCCUUAAACGAGGCCGAAACGGACGCACAAGUGGGAGUGCUUAAAGCUGCCCUUGAACGAGUGCCAGGUGUGUCCACAACUCAGUUGGAAGAUCUCCGGCAGAGGCAGCGGCGUCGAGCACAGGAGCUUUGCGAUCGUCAGUCUCCGCGCACACGAGAGGUGCAGGUUGAGGAAUCGUUUGCUGAGCCAUACACCGAGCAGGAAGACUAUGAUGAGCAGGAACCCUACACCCAUCACGAGCACUAUUCUGUCUCUGUGCCAUACUCAGAGGAGGAACAGUACGAAGAGAAUGAGCCCUACACCACCAUUGAGAAGCAAGCGGUGCCAGUGGAAGUGACUCACACCGGGAAGACUUGGUAUGGUAAAAAGAAGCGCCGGACCACAUUGGAAACCAAGUGGGUGGACGUGGAAGUGCAAAAGCUCAGGCCAGUCACCCGCACUCGCACAGUGACAAAGUAUAGAACAGAGGAGAGGACGAGGCCAGUGACACUAUACCGGACCGUGACGAGGCAGAGAGCUGUGACGAAAUACCGCACUGCAACUCGCACGGUGCCCCGCACAGUGCAGUACACACGGCCAGUGACGGACUUCUAUCAAACAGCUUUGGGGCAGAUUGUGGAGGAGGUCCGGGCCACCUUUCGUGCGCAGUGA